AUGCGCGCGAGUCCGGCGGCCUGGCGCUGUGCCGCAGCACGGCCGUCGUGUACGAGAAUUCAGGUGCAGUCGUCACCAGGGCAGCCUGGAUGGAGAGCGCAGAAGCUGAAAUCCUUGAGCCGGGCGGAUCUCAUUUGGACCACCUUGGAGCAAUGGCGCCUGGAGGGGCAACGCCUCGACCCCCGCACCUAUACCGUGGGAAUCUCCUCAUGUGGAAGGUUGGCCAAAUGGCCUUUCGCCGUAGCGCUCCUGGCAUCGAUGCCCAAGGCAGAGGUGCAACCAAAUGCCUUCAGCUAUGCAGCAGUCAUGGCGGCCUGUCGAAGGGCGCAGGACUGGCAGGUGGCCCUCAGCCUUUUGGAUGAGAUGCAGGUAGCUGAGGUGCAGCCCAACCAGGUGUGCUUCAACACGGCCAUCAGUUGCGCGGGUCGAUGGUUCAUGGCAAUCCACUUGCUGGAGCAGAUGCCACAGUGCGAUGUGAUCAGCUUCAAUGCUGCCAUGAGCUUAUGUGAGUGGCAUCAGGCCAUGCUUUUGUUCGAGGCAAUGCCUCAGGCAGAAGUCUUGCCUGAUGUGAUUAGCUUCAACUCCACCAUUUCUGCCUGUGAGAAGGGUCAUGAAUGGCCCACCGCUUUGGCACUCUUCGAGCAAAUGCCUGAGAUGCAGGUACAGGCAGACCUCAUCACCUUCAACUCCACCAUGAGUGCGCUGGAGAAGGGCUCUCAAUGGCAAGAGACCUUGCAUUUCUAUGGGCACAUGUCCAAGGCUCAAGUCCUGCCGGACGUGAUUAGCUACAGCGCGGGAAUCAGUAGCUGUGAGCGGUCGCAACAGUGGGCUGCAGCCUUGGCAUUGUACACGGCCAUGGAAAGGCAAGAGGUCAAGGCGGACGGCAUUAGCUUCAACGCGCUGAUGAGCUCAUUCAAAGAUGCUGGAAGGUGGCAGGAGGUUCUGGAGCUUUUCGAGUUGAUGAAAUCACAGCUGCAGCCGGUUUCACUGCUGAGCUACGUUGCCGUGAUGAGUGUUUGUGGGAAGAGCGGCCAAUGGCAACAAUCCUUGCGCUUCUUCGAAGAAAUCCCCAAAGCACAAGUGCAGCACAGUGUGGUCAGCUACAACGCAAUGAUCAGUUCCCUUGAGAAGGUGGGUCAAUGGCUUCAAGCCCUCCACUACUUCGAGUUCAUGUGCUCUUCAGACCUUCAGCCGAGCCUGGUGAGUUUCAACGCCAUGAUCAGUUCCUUCGAGAAAGGCGAGCAAUGGCAGAUGGGCAUUUGUUUUCUCCAGAUGAUGCAAGAUUUGGAGAUCCAGCCUGACAUAUUUAGCUUCAACGCUCUCAUCAGUUGCUGUGAGAAGGGAGGCCAUUGGCAAACGGCCUUAAGCUUCUUUCAAUCGAUGCUAGAGGCAGCAGUCCAACCCGUGGUCAUCAGCUAUGGUGCUUUGAUCAGCGCCUGUGAGAAGGCCUCGCAGUGGGAAAGCGCUUUGCAGCUUUUCGAGGCAAUCCCAAAGGCCCAGCUCAGGCCCAGCACCACAUCACUGAACGCCGCCAUUAGCGCGUGUGAGAAGGCCUUCCGAUGGCCUGAAUCCUUGAGCCUCCUCGUUGGGUCCGCGUCUUCGUCCCACGUGGACCUCAUUAGCUUCAACGCGGCCAUGAGCGCCUGUGAGAAGUUCUCCCAGUGGCGCUGGGUCUUGCACCUUUGGAGCCACAUCCAAGACACCACUUCCCAGGCCGCUGAUCUCGUGAGCUAUUGCACUGCCAUCAGCACCGCAGCUGCCAGCGGGGGACGUCCGCAUUCGUUGCAAAUUCGCUUCAGUGGGACGUGGACAGUGGAAUGCUCUGAACAGACUGACAGCGCAGGGGCGCGUGAGCUUUUUGCAGCGGAAAAAGAGUUGGAUCGAGAACGAGCCGUCCAAACAGAUUGGUGGAUGACCACGCGACGUGAGCUGGUGAAUGAUGGACAAGUCUACCCAGUUGGCCUCUACUUGAUCGACUAUGCUGCACAACACGCUGCAGCAGAGUUAGUGAACAUUUUGCUUCAGGAGAAACUGGGCUAUGUGGUGCAGAAGAUGGUCAACGGAAGUGCUAGUUUCCAUUCAUUCUUUGCCUUGGCUGGUUGCACCAGGCCCACGAACUACACGCAUCGUGGAUGCAGCCAAGACAGCACCACGCGUGCGCAUAUCAGUGUGGAAGUAUGGACUGCAGGCUAUCCUGACGAGUGGCAGUUUUUGCAGCAAGAAUACCCAUCAGUUGUUCCCAGGAACUUGGGUUCCAUGGGAUAUGUUGGAACCACGUCACUCUUCAUUCCAUCGCACGUGCAGGAGUUGGCCUACAAUGUUGAAGGUUUGUCGCUCGACUUCUACCGGGACUACAAUACUUCGUGGGAACGGCCAUCACAAUACUUCACCACCAUCGAUCAGAUCAACAGAUCCAAGCUUAUGUUAUGCGAAGAAACUCUUUUGAUGAGCGUGAAGAUGAUGUCGACCUACCUGGAAAUCACCGGCGACCAUGAAGGUGUUUCCCAAGGCACUGGCGGCAUUACCGGCCGAUGUUUUGAUCAGUAUUUCUGGUAUGCACCUGCUUGCCGGCGCAAUUCGUCAAGUUGCAUUCCUUGCUUUACGGGCGGCACUGGUUGGGGCAGCCUUGAAAUGCUUCAGAAGGCCACUUUUCUGGGCAUACCGUUGGCAUGGAUUACAGCCAAAGACUGGAAUGCUUACUCGGCCUUGCCAAAGGACUAUGAUUCCAUCUUUUAUUGGUGGACACCGGAUCCCACCUUUCUUAGUUUGAAUGCCGAGCAGAUCAUGUUCCCUGCGCAUAAUGGGGUAGAGUGGGCCAAAGGCGAUCACCGGUCUGCGGCCUUUGCAAUUCAAAUCGACAAGUAUAUUAGUCAGGACUUGAAUAAAUUGGCUCCUGAUAUUGAAGAGUUCAUGCGCAACUACAAUGUGGACAUCAAGCAUGUGGAGAUGAUCAUGGCGGACCAGCUGCAGUCAGGGGAGUCAUACUUCGACGCUGCCUGCCGCUGGCUCCAUGCGAACGGUGACUGGUGGCAGCAAUGGAUCCCUGACAAGACCAAGUGCUUUGCCCGGUACGGGCUCUACAAUGCGAAAGAAGAGAGAUUUGUCGACAACCGAGCGAACCGGAACAACCUCAAGUGCGAGGUUUGCCCUCCUGGGUCUUUCUCCGACGAGAUGCAGGAGAUGCGACGGUUGCCAUGA